AUGGCGACCCCAGUGCGAUCGGCGGCCGCAUCCUGCCGCCUCGUUCCGUCGAUACCUCCGGCGAGCUCCGGACAUGUUCAACAACUGGCGUGCUUCGGUACCCGAACCGAGCCUUGUGGUGCCCGAGGGUUGUCAAUGGUGGUCGCCGACUCCACCCGCCGUCGGGCCAAGUUAGGGGACGGCGGGGACGGCGUCCUCGGGGCGUCUGUUCUUGGAGGGCUCGGGAUGGCGGGAUUGGGGGAUCAGCUGAGCGUGGUCAUGAAGUUCGGGGGGUCCUCGGUGGCGUCGGCCGCGAGGAUGGCGGAGGUGGCUGGCCUCAUCCUGACCUUCCCCGAGGAGCGCCCCGUCGUCGUCCUCUCUGCCAUGGGGAAAACCACCAACAACCUUCUCCUUGUACCGAUCGCUUCGCACUGCUCUUGA